AUGGAAGGAAUCACAGACACUCAAACUGCUCUGAUUGAUUCUGGUUCUUCUGCUAACUUCAUUGAUCCCAAUUUGCCUGUUCUCACAACAUUCCACACAUUGAAUUGGACUCCCCAUGCUCUGUCAUUGGCAUUAAUGGCAAACAAGCAAUUUUCUGCCAUCUUCUAUGCUCUUCCCCUUGGAAAUAGAAACCUUAUCCUUGGAACCCCAUGGCUCAUAUUGGCUAAUCCAGACAUUGAUUGGACCACCAUGAAAGUUUCACUCCACCUAGCUACAAAAGCACAAGAUGGCAGCAUCAACCCUGAGCCUCAGAAUCUCCCUGUUAAAUUCCAGGAGUUUCAGGAAGUGUUCAGUGAAGAGUCCUUUACCAUGCUGCCAAAACAUUGCCCUUAUGACAUUGCUAUUGACCUGGAAGAAGACAAACAGCCUCCCUAUUGUCAGAGCCAACAACUACCACAAGCUGGAAAGAUUGUGCCAACCACCUCACCAGCAGGAGCUCCUGUGAUGUUUGUAAAAAGGGCUGAUGGCAGGCUUUGCUUAGUGGUGGACUAUUGCCAGCUAAAUGCCAUCACAAUCAAGGACAGAUAUGCACUACCCAGACAAGACAAGCUAAUUGAGAAAUUGCGCCAUGCUAAGAUCUUCACAAAGCUAGAUUUGAGGAAUGGAUAUCACAAUAUCAGAAUCAAAGAAGGAGAUGAAUGGAAGGCUGCAUUUCACACUGCCCUUGGUCAUUUUGCUCCCACAGUCAUGCAAUUUGGCCUUAGCAAUGCCCUGGCUGACAAUAUCUCUGUGGUUGUGCACUUGGAUGACAUCUUGAUCUUCUCAAACUCAAGAGAAGAGCAUGUGGAACAUGUCAGGGAAGUCUUAUCUUGCUUGCUGAACCAUAAUCUAUUCUGCAACCCUGCCAAAUGCUACUUCUUUGUCACAGAAGUCACCUUCAUUGGUCUUGUGAUUACUCCUGAUGGCAUCUCCAUGAAAGACAAGGUGCAAGCAAUCAUGGACUGGCCUGAACCCCAAAAUGCAAAACAGGUGCAAUCAUUCCUAGGCUUUGCAAACUUCUACUGUUGCUUUGUCCCCAACUUCUCUUGCUUAGCACGCCCUCUGAAUAACCUUACUCAGAAAGAGCAACCAUGGAUAUGGCUAGAAGAACAGAAGGCUGCAUUUGAUGCAAUCAAGGCUGAGAUUUGCAAGGAGCUUGUUCUAGCUCACCCUGAUGAAUCUAAACCUUACACCUUGGAAACAGACACUUCUGGAGCAGCCAUGGGCGCUGUACUAUCUCAGAGAAAGGAAGAUGGUUGUAUACAUCCUGUUGCAUUCAUGUCAGCCAGCUUUUCACCUGCUGAGCUGAACUAUGACACGCAUGACAAGGAGCUACUUGCCAUCAUUUGUGCAUUUGAGCACUGGAGAAUCUUCCUGGAAGGAACUGAGCAGCCAAUCACUGUGUUUACUGAUCACAAGAAUCUGGAGUACUGGAAAUCAGCUAGAACCUUCAACAGGCGUCAUGCACGCUGGCAUCUCAUGCUGGCGUCCUACAACUUUUCACAGAAACCUGACGCCCUGUCAAGAAAACCAGAUCACACAGACUUAGAACCAUCUCCACAAGUUAUGAUUCCAGAAUCUCAUUUUGAGGCAUUUUCAGCACACAUAGAUUUGUCCUUGCUGGAUCAAAUCAAGGAAGCCACUCAGGAAGACCCUGGUCUUGACACAAACUUGCUAGCUGUAUCAGACCCUAAAUCCAUGCCCCACAGCAUUGCACAGAAGUUCAAGGACUAUACAAUUCAGGAGGGUCUACUGUUGUAUCAAGGAAGAAUAGUUGUGCCAGAUGAACCUGAGAUCAAACAGCAGCUCUUAUCUCACUUCCAUGAUUCCCCUGCUUCUGGUCACCAAGGAAGAGCACAAACUCUGGACUUAAUCAGUUGUCACUAUUACUGGCCAAUAAUGGAAUUCCAAGUCAAUUGCUAUGUGGAGUCUUGUGAAAUCUGUCAAAGAAGCAAGGGCCAUGUACACAACUAUGCUCUCAACCCGCUUGCUGUCCCGGCAUUUACCUGGGAAGGCAUCUUGUAUGAUUUCAUUGUCAAGUUUCCCAAGUUUGCUACUGCUGAGGAUGUAGCUCAGAUGUUCCUGGAACAUGUCUGGAAGCUACAUGGCACUCCCAAGCGCACUGUGUCUGACAGAGGGACUACAUUCAACUCCAAGUUCCUCAAGGCACUCUACAAAUCUCUGCAAAUCACUCCUAGUUUCUCUACUGCUUAUCAACCACAAUCUGAUGGACAAACUGAGAUUGAAAACCAAUGGAUAGAGGCUUACCUAUGUCCUUCCAUGAAUCAUAGACAGUCUGAUUGGGUUGAUUGGCUCCCACUGGCUGCAUUUGCUCAUAAUAAUGCCCGAAGCAAAGGGUCACAACCAGGAAAGAAAUGA